AAAAAACGUGUCAUUUCUGUUUUCUCUUUAGUUUCACUUUUCUAGCUGGACAAAAUGAAUACAGAUAAAAUGACGUGUCUUCUGGUUUCAAUUUACAUUUUUGUUGGAAUUGCUACUGUUGUAUCAUCGCAAAGCACCAUUAGAUGUAGGUGGUGUAACCGGGCAAGCACUUUGUCUGAUUGUAACAAACUUAUAAUUUGUGACGCAACACUCGAGGAAUGCUUCAUGGACGAAUUGUUAACGGACCAACUAACAGUUGUUUAUCAAGGCGGCUGCAGAUCUAAGGAUGUUUGUGCCAAAAGUGGAAAAAAACGAAGUGACUUAGUUACAUGUUCAAGGUGUUGUGGUUUCGGAGAUGAUUGUAAUAAACGGCUAUGCGGUAUCAAAGAUGGCACGUUAACCAGUAGCCAAUGUUACAGUUGUGAUAACAGAAAUUCGCACGGUUUUGGUGUAACAGAUCCAAAAUUAUGUGUAACCCUUGAAACAUGUCAACCAAAUGAGGUUUGCUAUACUUCUCAAGAAGACUUCGGUGGUAAAGAUACGUUUUACUAUGGCUGUUUCAAUAAAGCCAUAUGUGAUAACUUGAUGAACAAUGCUUAUCAAGACUUUAGAUUGUGUGUUUCGAAUAAAACAGGACUAUCCCCAGGAUUCGAUCGUGACGCAAUAUGUGGUAAUAUCGGACGACGCGCGACGUCAAUAUGCCACUCUUGUUGUGCUGAUGGCGGUUGUAACUAUGGCACAUGUCAUGAACAAAAUGCACGGAUCUUCACGCUAGCAGAGAAUGGAAAAUUUGAUAUGACGACAUUAAAGUCCAUUUAGAAAGCGAUAGGACCGAUGUUAAACGAUUUUUAUGGAAAUAAACGAAAUUUACAAUC